AUGGUUAGGGAGCGGGCGGAUUGGGAGGGUUACCGCGAGCGGAUGCUGAAACGUAUCACCGACUUUGAGAAGUCCAAAGCUGCCUUCGAUGAGGAGAAGGCCAAGUUUGAUGCGGAUAAGAAGGCAGAGGAAUGGGGGCGUGAGGGCCUUAAGAAUAAACUUCAAGCUGCUGAACAACAACUGGCCAAGGAGAAGGCCGAGUUCAAGCGUAUAUGCGAGAAGGAUAAUGAGCGCGCCUUCGCGGCUCGGAACAAGAUUGUUGAGCUUGAAGCUAAAAUUGCGGAGCUUACUGCUAGGGUUGAGGAUGCGCAGGCUGCACAGGUUGCCAAGCAGCAGAUUGAGGUUGAGUUGGCUGACGUGAAGGUGCAAUUGUCUGGCAAAGAUAAGGAUCUGCAGGCCAAGGACGUCGAGAUUGCUGAGCUUAGAAGACGCCUGAAUGACCAGAUUGAUAGGUGCGAGUCCUUAGAAAUCGACCUCGAAGCAGAAAAAGUUAAGGCUGCCACUGCUGAAGAGGCGCGUGCUGUCAGUGCCGCCGCUCUUAAUGUAGCGCAUACCAACUACUCAGAGGCCCAAGGAAUCGUUGAUACGUUUGUCUCUGAGGCCGAAUGGAUGCGCGGUCGCGGAGUAUUGCUGGUUGCCAACUCUAUCCUCAACGCUGGGGAGCUAGAUCGCGCUGUUGCUGCACUGACAGACGCUGCGCGCGCGGUAGGUUAUCGAGGAGGGUAUCUGGAAUGUGCUCAACACGUUGAGGAGGUGUUUGGACAAGAGUUUGAUGUGAGCCAUUGCUCGGUUACUGACCAGGCUAACGUCAAGUUGACGCGUGCUGAGAGUGCUUAUGAUAACCUUUCCUUGCCUGUGAUAGACUUGGUAGUAGAGGCUUUAAAAAAGGAUGACUGGUGUCAGCGUCUCAAGGCCAUUCUCAAUCCACCGGUGACUGUUGAACUGUCAGAUGAAGAGGAAACAGCUGGUGAUGAUGGUGGGAAUGGUGGUGACGAUGGUGGAAACGAUGAUGACAGUGAUGAUGAUGGUGAUCAACAUGAUGAAUAG